CGAUUCAUAUUUAGCCAUAAGAUGAAUAUUAGUGUAUUAACGCCUCAUUAAUGUCAAACGUCCCCGUGAGGGCGGGGCUUGUGGGAUCGCGCGCAGGUCUCGUGUCCGGCACCGUGUAUCGUGUUGUGCGUGACUGACGCUCCGCUGCGGAACGCUCUCAGAAGAACGCUGUUCUACGCUUUAUAUCUGAGGAGGACUGCACAGAGAGCCUGUUUUUAUCGUUUCUGGGGAUCCCCGGUUACCGGAUGAAGUCACGGUCAUCGCGGCACACUCAAGCUGGUACGGAGGAACAGGAUGAGCUCGGGGCUGAAGGAUGAAGCUCACAUGAGAGACAUGGCCGGGUUUAGGAACCAAAGGAUGGAGAAGUCCAAGCCGGAGUCUGAGAGGGACUCGGGUUUCUCAGACGGUGGCUCGGUGGAUCAGACGGACACAGACGGUGUGUCACAGUCGUCCUCACGAUCAUCACAGCUGACCGCAGCGGUGGACCGAGCUCUGAGCCUCUCACCGGUCAUCCUCAUGAACAAUGUGCUUCUACAGCAGUCUGGUGAGAACCCUUCGUCUCUGAAGCCCUGGGCCUUCAGUCCGUCGCAGGAAGUGGUUCCUCGUCCUCAGGUGGUCUUCCUUCAACCCGUCGUCCCGCAGAGACCCGCCCCGGUGCACAAGGGACCCCUGUCUAAACGCCGUCGGCACAGAAAGUACCUCCCUAUCCUCAAAUCCUACCCUAAAAUCGCUCCUCAUCCCGGAGACGCGGCGCGUGAGAGCAGCUCUGCUUCCAGUUCCUGCUCCUCUUCCUCAGUCAAGAGCUCGUCUUCCUCACGAGAUCAGAACGACUCGUCUGCUAGUGUGCAGUUACCCAGCGCUCUUCCAGCGUCCGUCGAGUCACAUGCGGCCAAACACAGACCCGAAUCCUCAGACGGGACACUUAAUGCACACUCCUUUAAAUCAGACAAGAUCAAGCGCUUCUGCAACACGUACAACAUCCUCCGCAGGUCAGGGCUGCUGGACAUCACGCUGCGCACGAAAGAGCUGAUCCGGCAGAACCGGCGGACGCAGACGGAGCUGGAUCUCCUGCGAGAACACACCGACCUGUUCAUGCAAGCGCUGCAGACCGGAGACUCGUCCAUCUGGAGCCGGCUGAGGACGAACAUGCAAGAGGACGACCGAGGGAAGGACAGGACGCCGCCAGACCCAGAGAACAUGAAGUGACACCAAGACGAUAUUCAGACGAUAUGUGACCCCGGAGCACAAAACCAGACUAAAAGCUGAAUAGAUCAUCUCUCCAUUGAUGAGUGGUUUGUUCGGAGGAUUAAUACAAAUACAGUUUUCUUUCUCUUGUUUUAGAUUUGAAAUAUGACUGGCUCAUGUUCUGUGGGAUCCAUAUCUGUAUUUUGAGAACUAAUAAGGUGAAUUGUUUUUAUACUGUUUUGUUGAGGAGUGUUGGACGAGUGCUGUGAGUCUGUCAGAGAAGAACACAUCGUGUUUGUUUGUGAUGAUGAAUAAUGAAGAAUGCUCUCUGUGGUUAUCAGCUCUCAUCUGGCCUUACUCAGUGACGCUUCAUUCUUCAAACGUAGAGCUCAGGCUUUCUUUGGCAGCUUCUCAUUACCACUAGCUCCGAAAGCAUUGCUUUACUCCAGGAGCUUGUUCUGCACGUGUAGGUGCUCAGAUGACACAUGUGCUGGUGUGAAGCAUUAGACACAGGAAGAGUGUUCCUGUGAUUCACACACAUGUGCUUUCAUACAGUACACAGUAGAAACAGCAGGUGCUUUAGGAGAGCUCUGUUCUCUAGGGAAAAAAUAGUUUUGUUUUUUAGUUUAGAAAUCAGACUUUUCUUAGAAUUGCUAUAUGUUCAGUCAGAACUGUGAGAAGAACAUGUAGAAUUGCAAUGUUAACUUGCAGAAGAAAAGUCUGAAUUAAGAGUUUACUCAGAAAUUGUGAUUUAAAUUGCAUUUUACAAUUUAUAACUCGCAUUAAAAAACUGAGAUAUUAACACUCUUUUCUAUAAAGAAAUGUCUGAAUUGUGAGAUUUUUAUGUUUCAGUAAAGAUCGAAAUGUUAACUCCUAAUUCUAAGAAGAAAACAUCUUGCCGUUCUGAGUUUAUGUAUCACGGUGCAGAUUUAAUUUGCAAUCCUGAAAUGAAAAGUCCAAACAUUGUAAGAUAGAAAGUUGCAAUAACCUUUUUAUUUCUUGAAUCCAUUGCUUCCAUAGUGUUAAUCUGCUGGUGUUUCCUGACACGGAUUGCCUUGUUUUAAUGGCAGUCCAAGCCUUUUUUGUAGCAAUAAUAUUUAAAAAUAAACCUUUUUGUAAGCCAGCAGAUUUGAUAAAGCUUUCCAUGUGUUUUCUGUCUGAUUGAUUUGAUUCAGAGCUCAUUAAACAUCAUGAAGCAGCGUUAAAGAAUGAUUCAGAAUCACUUCAAGGCCAAAAGGGCUUCUUAUUCUGAGCUAUAAUCCACAAAAACAAUGAGGCCAUCUAUCGUCUGAUUCUGACUGUUGUGCUUAUUACUGAUAUUUGUUAUUCAAGUCUUUUGUAAGAAUAAUAAUAAUAUGCAGUUUUGUGUAUGAAGAUGUUUUUGUACUUUUCUUUGGCGUUCAGUAGAUGAUCGUCACAUGUACGGUUGUGAGAAGAGCAGAACUGUGAAGGGUUUAUGUGUCAUAACUGCUCAAUCCUGUUCAUCUGUGUGUAUGAUGUAUACUGACUGACAAUCAGUAAAACAUGUUCUAGAUCAUCUUCAGUUCAUUUAUCAAACAUUGCUCAGCUGUACAAAACCAAAGCUGUGGCUAAAUGUUCAUUUACUGAUUCUUUGU